AUGAGAGCCUUCCAAGCACCAUCGCCCUCCCGCGUCCAAGUGUCGCGGGUCUAUCUGCAAAGGCCGUCCCAGACGCUGCGUCUCGUGACCGUGGCGGCGGCUCCAGCAGAAGCAACACACAGGGCCGCGCCCACUGAGAUCAUCCGGGCCAACACCAUGCGCGCCUUCCUCCUCAAGCUUGCCAGCCCCGAGCCACUCUUCGAUUUCCUGGCGCCCACAGGCUGGGACGCACAAUGGGUGGACGGCAUCACGCGGGACAUUUGCCGCAUGCCUGAAGGCGAUGAUGUUGCCAAGGCCGAUGCCGCUAUCAAGUUCCUGACGGGCUUGGGCCUGAGGAAUCGAGAUGUGGAGAAUAUGGCUUCCUCCUGCAAGCCCAUCCUCCGCGUCCCAGAGCCCCAGCUGCGAGCGGUAGUGGACUACCUGACCGCCCAGGGCCUCUCGGAUGCCGCGCUGCAGAACUUCCUGGUGCGGAACCCUCAGCUGCUGACCUACGUGCCAGAGGGCGACGUCCUCACCAAGGGCCGCGCGAAGGCCAGCGUGGAGGUGGCGCCAGCUGGCGAUGGCUCGGUGGGGGCCCGCGUGCAUGUCUGGAGGGACGAUGCCAGGGUGUCGGAGAUUGGCAUUGGAGCAUGGUCCUGGGGGGACAGUUCCGGGUACUGGGGCUACAACAAGUCCUAUGGUCAGAGUGAUAAUCUAGAGGCUUUCAAGGCUGCCAUGGAGGCCGGAGCCACUUUCCUGGAUACCGCCGAGGUGUACGGGUUUGGGAACUCCGAGCGCUUCAUCCGUGAAUUUUCUGCGAGCACCGGACUCGAGCCCGACGUUGCAACUAAGUUUGGGCCGCUACCUUGGAGGCAGAGCGCCGGCAGCUUGGUCAAGGCCUGCAAGGGCAGCUUGGAGCGCCUGGGCUCCCAGCGUGUCACGUUGUACUUGCAGCACUGGCCCGGCUUCUUCUUCAAUGCCUUUGCCAACGACGCCUACAUCCAGGGCCUGGCAGAUGUGGUGGACCAGGGGCUGGCUCAGGCGGUGGGGGUGUCCAACUUCAACGCUGACAGGGCGCGGGGGACUUCGCUGGCCUGCAACCAGGUGCAGUACAGCCUGCUGUACCGUGCCCCCGAAACAAAUGGAGUGCUGGAGGCCUGCCGCGAGGCGGGAAGCACCCUGGUGGCCUACAGCCCCCUUUGCCAAGGCUUCUUGACUGGCAAGUACAAUGCAGAGAACAAACCCAGCGGGGUGCGAGGGCGCAACUUCAGCGCCGCACAGUACGAGGAGCUGGUCCGCCUGCUCGACCUCAUGCGCGCCGUGGGGGCAGAGGAGGGCGAUCACACGCCGGCCCAGAUUGCCAUCAACUGGUUACUGUGCAAGGGGGUGCUGCCCAUUCCUGGGGCCAAGAACGCAGCCCAGGUGCAAGCCAUCGUUGGAGCGACAGGCUGGAGGCUGAGUGACGGGGCAGUGGCAGAGCUGGACAAGGUCUCUGCCAGGGUGAAGUCCGCUUCAGGAGCACCUUUUGAGAACUGGUGA